AUGGACCAGACCGAGACGCCCUCCGACAGCGUGGAGCUGACGUUCAGAGAAGACACGGCUCUGACCAAGAUGAUGCGUCUUCGCGUGUCGUCGCUGCAGCGCUCGGGGCAGAAGCGUCAGGAUGGCGAGCGCCUGCUUCUUCCUCACGAAGCCGUGUAUCGUCUCGGCUUCAACAUCCAGGGGCUGAACUUCUCCCGCUGGUAUUUCUCCCUCUCCGGCCACGGCCGUGUCACCAUCACUGGUAUUUCUCAGAACUGGACGCCGGACCUCACCCACCUGAUGACCCGGCAGCUGCUGGAGCCCAUCGGAACCUUCUGGCGGAACGCCGACGACCCCGAGGACUCGGCGCUCAAGUGCCUGGAAGCCGACAUGCAGGAGUUCGGCGAGAGGAUCGCUGAGCUGGCCAAGGUCAGGAAGGUCAUGUACUUCCUGUUUGCUUUCAAGGACGGAGCGGAGGCAGCGAACCUCAGCUGCUCGCUGGAGUUCACACCAGAAAUAUGA